CAAAGCCCGGCAGUACGCAGCCGGUGCGAUAGCUGCAGGUGAGCUCAAACACAGUGCAGAUCUUGGUCAUUAUGCGCUGAAUCUGUGGUUUUGCAGGAUGCUUGAUGAGUGAUUCGGGCGGUGCUUCCUCCGGCCACGAUUGAUUCACAUCCCCACGCGGCCGCUCGUUCGUCUGGUCCGGUCAUGCAGGAUGAGGAAGCGCCGGCGAACGCAGGACGAUGUGAGCGGCAAGCGUACGCAUCUGGGUCACUUCCAGACGUGCGUCGAGACCGGACAGUGUUGCAGCAGCCACAAGGUCACAGCGGACCCUCAUGUGAGUCGACAACACGGGAGAAGACGCCUCCAAGCACAUCUGUGGGUCAUGUGUGCGAUGUCCAGAUGACAAUGAGUUUGCUUCUCUGGGUCAUCCAUUGGUGGCUGUUGGUCAGCCAGCCGCCGCCCUACCGGCGUCCCCUCACUCGAGCCGGGUGCACCCCUCAUACUUUCCCUCGCAGCAGCGCACAGCGGCCUCCAAACAGGCAGCUGAAUUGACUAUCGGCGAGAGGGAGGCGCUGCUGGCCGACUUCGAAAGGCGCAAGGCAGCGGGAGAGGCGCUUACUCAGCAGGCAUUUGCACUUGAGAAAGGCAUUAUCCCACUAUAUAUCCCGCUCACGCAGUUCAAGAACUGGUGCCAUCGCUCUUCAGUCAAGCGAGAGCCGCAGCACGAGGCAGCCGACAAGAGCAAGAAGCGCUACAGGCAGUCGCCUUUUCAGCCGAUCGAGGUCGAGGUGCGUCAGUGGAUGGCGGGGCAUGAAGACCAAAGGAAGAUUCCGAUCAAGGCCAUUCGUGCCAAGGCGAUUGAGAUCGCUGUUCGGCUGGGCAUCAGUGGCUUCUCGGCAAGUGACACAUGGAUCAGGGGCGUCAACGACAGAUACAUGCAGGUGGGAUGGAGCUAUAUGUCCACACAUGUAUCGAUUUGCUUUGCCCGCUUUUCCCAGGACCAAGGACAAGCCUCCAGUGCGGCUGCAGCGGCGGCAAGCGCACCCGUCGCCCUUCCCUCUCCCCCAGUGCAUCCGACGCACCCUCUUCCAUCUUCACUGCCCAACGAGGGUGCUGCAUUUGGGCACAUAGCCGAUGCAUUUAUCGGCUGGGGUACGAGCGAUGAGUCCACAGAGAGGGAACGCCCUGUCAUCCCGAGCAGCCAUCGUUCUGGCGCAUCACCUGCCACUCGUCGGGCCUCAUCUCAGCCACCACCACACCAGCCAGCGGCAGAGGCCGACGGCACCCCUGCAUCAUCACGCGGUCGGUCGAAGGAAUACACCAUAGCUGAGCGCACGGCACUGGUGGACGAGUUCUCUCUACGGCAAGCCGGCGGCGAGAAGAUCUCUCAGCGGGCAUUCGCCAGGGAGAAGGGCAUCAGCUUCGACCAGUUCAAGCACUGGGUGCUGCAGAUCAAGAAGCUGAGAGAGGAAGGGCAAGACCCCAGCGACAUCAGCAAAAGGAGGCACAGAGCAGUCAAGUGGCCGCAGAUCGAGCAGGAGAUGGCCGAGUGGCUCGGCAGCCGCAGCGACCCCUCGGGCAUCGCCAAGAGGGAGCUGAGGGACAAGGCCAAAGAGAUCGCGGCCCGCCUGCAGGCGACAGACUUCAAGUGCAGCGACUCAUGGCUGGAUGGAUUCAGAAAACGAUACCAACAAGCACCAUCCAAGCGCCAGGUACACAGCCGAUAAACAGGACUUACACCUGGGCUGGCCUGUUCCGUUGUUCCUUGUUCCAUGGGUUCGUCAGAGUGCUUCCGUCGCGCCAUUGGAGACGACAGCCGCAAAAGAGCAGGUACAAACGCUGGUGUGUGCAGACAGUGCGGCGGUCUAUUUACGUUGCUGCGGUGUGGCGUCUGCACAGCCUCUCGCGCUUCCCUUUUCCUCGCAUGGCCUCGCUUCUGGUACAAGGCACGUGUGCAUGAAUGCGGCUAAUACGACACUGCUGCGGUGUGGACUCAGAUCUCACGUCUUCCGGAGCGGCCCAACCAGCAGGGACAGGUGAGGAGAACGAGAGGUGCUAGAGUGUCCUGACCCAUCCGUUCUUGUGUGUUUUUAGACUUCGCGCCCCUACAGAGCUACUUCAGCUCGCCCAAUCCCUGGGAGCCGAAUGAUCCGCCCGCUGUGACCGCGACACCGUCCCUCCACGUCCCCCUCACCUCCUGUCGUCCACCUGCUUUUUCGGCCCCCAUACCAACCGAAGAGGCGUCAGUGUCGGCGGCAGCUUUAGUGGCCGGUUCAGCGGAUGGUGCGGAUUGCGAGAAUCCACAUCGCAUUGGCGACCUAGCAUCGAGUGGCGAGAUACUCAGUGGUCAGGUCUACACAACGGUGCGAAUGGGGGAUUCAUUCAUUGGACCGAUUACCGACCUCAGCCGACAGGUAGAUAAUAUCUAAUGUGGAAAACCAGAGGAAGGACGUUUUUCUCUGAUGGACUGCAGACGACCACCUGUCCACCAAACGACGAGGUUGACUCCAAGCUGGAGCAGCCAUCAGAGGGCCAGACCACCAUGAGCGUAAGUGAUGACACCUGACUGCCAUGACGACCGUACGAACAGGAAGCUGAGGCUCUGUUCGUAAUUUGCUCGUUCAGAUGGUGCCGUCAGAAAGCAGGCUGACGAACCAGAGGCCGCCGACGAAGGUCCAAAGGACCAACGCACGAUCUCACAGACACGCCACACCGUCUGUGGUGAGCAGAAUGCAAUGAGCUGGACGAGCUGACAGUGACGUGGCUUCUGUCUCCCCUGCAGGUGUCAUUUCGUUCAUCGGGUAUCAGUGGCCGUGACCUCCAAACUAACCUAGGAGAGGUGAGCAUCGACAGGGGACGGCUUACUGCAUCAAUGAUCCUGUUGCUGCCCUUCUCUCUCUGUGUCGCCAUCAUCAGGCCGAUGCUGAUAUUGGUAGCGUGUCUGAUGCUGACAGCGUCAGUGUGUCGUCUGUUGGUGCGGCUCCUGACGUCGCGGCCCUGUCGACCUGCAGCACGACAGACGACGGCGACAUGCCGACGCAAAGACGCGUGAGUGAAACCUAGAGCGCACAUGUCUGUUUGGCUAUAUGGCUCUGUUUCGUCCUUUCUGCAGGUCAUCGCGGGAAGCAGCCUGAGGGCGCCUGAGUGUGCGGCUCUUCACUCCCUCUUCGUGCCAUCGAUAUUCGAAGAAAUCACAUUCACGCUGCUGUACAGGUACACGCACAUUAAAGGGAGGGACACAACACAUGACAACUGCUAUUCUUGUUUCAGGGCCUCCCAUGAUGGCGCAACCUUUGGCGAUCUUCUUCGGUGCGUUGGCGACACGAAAAGCCUGGUAUUCGCGGUCAGGAAGGGCGGCUGUCUGUUCGGCGCCUACAUCAGCGACGGCGUCAAGCUUCCCGAUGGCCCAACUGCCGUCAACAGCUACAGCUGUGACGCAUGGCAGUUCUCCCUUGCCGACCACUUCAACACGCCCACCAAGAUCGACUUCCCUCGAUACAGGAAGCGUGUCGAGAUAGCCGCGAGGGAGUGCACAGUAGACGGGGCGGUCGCCAUCGGCGAUGGACAGGGUCUCAAGGCGCAGCUGUGUUUUGGCUAUGGCCGUCGAGAUGGUGCAUUUGGUGCCGAUAUGCGCAGCUGCUAUCAGAACAUCUGCAGGGAUUUUCUGCCUGAAGGGUAUCAGGGGGCGAGAGGGGAUGGCCACGCCUUCUUUGGUGGCGGUGCGCAAUUCAUGGCUGACGAACUGGAGGUCAUUCGUGUGGAUGGACUUUUUUUGCUGUCGCCACAGGUCAGACACACACAUCAAUGAACAUAUGCCUUUCACGCCUUGCCCGCUGUUCCUCUGCAGGGGAUCGAAGGCAGCAGUUUGGGUGUCAUCGAGUGUGCGGCUCUCUACUGCUUUCUCGGAAUAACCACACAGGGCAAGGCGAGGCUGCUCUACAGGUACGACAUUCGCUGAAGGUGAAAUCAGAUCAUUUGUGUUUGCCAUGUGUACAGUGCGUCGCGCGACUGCUCAUCGUAUGCCGAACUCAUUCGAUGUGUUGGCGACGCCACCCGCCUGGUGUUCGUCAUCCGGAAGGGCGCCUUUGUCUUCGGCGCCUACACAAGCGGCGGCCUGCACCUGCCCGAUGAUCCCGCUGCCGUCAACAGCUACAACUGUGAUGUGUGGCAUUUCUCCCUGGCCGGCCACUUCAAGACACCCACCAAGAUCGACAUGCCCGACAGGCAGCUCGUGCGCGUCGCUGGGCGGGAGGCGGGGGCAAUGCUGCUGAUUGGCGAGCAACUAUUUCUCGGUUAUGGCGGCUCUCACCGGGACAGUGGUGCUGAUUUGCGUAGCUGUUAUCAGCUCAUUUUCAGCAGCCUUCUCCCUGCGGGCUACCAGGGCGCGAGGGACGGGAGCGGCAAUGCAGUGUUUGGUGGGAGUGGUCACUUCAUAGCUGACGAUUUGGAGGUGCUGACGGCCGGGGAACGUGAUCUUCCCAAGCCGAGCCGCCUCAGUUGAAUGGCGUCGUCAAGCGGCCUGGAACGAGACUCGCCUGUGUGUUGCGUCUGUCGAUGCGAACCGUGAUGAAGGAGUGUGUUUGAAUGUGUGUAUCUGAAGGGAGUACGAGUGAAUGAGAGUGGAGCCUGGGGCAUUUGACCGGCUGAAUGCACACACGGGGGCACUCAUCGUCACGUGUGUGUGGGGCGAGAGGGAGGGGCCUCUUUCCUCGUUGUCUCUGUGUGUGUUUUGUGUGUCUGUUGCCCGUGAGUGGAGGAGUGAGUGUUGCUCGGCUGCAGUCUGGCUCAUCCGUGGCGCAUGUUUUCGUGGACAGCAAGCACAUCCUGUUUACCAAUGGUAUGCUCUUUACGUCUAUCUAUACCUUUCUUUCGUGCCUUAUGUGUCCAACGCGAUUGUGGUGCCAAUGCGAUGCGAUGAGAUAAGAUGUGGUGUGGUUUGAUGUAGCGUACUGGUGCUGGCUUUCUAGCUGGUACAGCGAGCUUCUUUUAUAGCCACGCAGGCUGAUUGGAGCCAUGUCGGCCGAUCUGGCUUAAUCCAUCUCGUGUGGCUGUUGGGGGGCGGUCUGUACUUCUGGUAUCACACGUCAGAGCAUUCUCAGAAUGAAGAAUGAAUAGCGUCGAAGCUUUUUGCUGACCGCAAGGAGACCGUCGCGACAUCCGGCUGAAUGUGAGUGUAUGAGUGUGAAAAAGGCCGUGUUUGUCCGCUGCAGCGCCAAGGGAGCACGGCGGUGGAUGUUUUUUUCACUGCUGGUGUGUCAAUAAAUGGCUGUGUCGGCUGUGUCUGUCUGCUCCGCCCUGUCCCCCCCGCCCCCUCCUCCAC